AGGUGGGGAGACGACAUUAGUUCUGCUACGACUUUCAGCUCGAUCUGCGUUGAAGCUCAGUAGGUUCGAACACCGUGGUUCACGACUGUUCUUCCUGUUCUUAUUUAGUUUGAGCGAUUUCGUGUUGUAUUUCCAACUCUCCUGUCGAUUUCGCGCACUGAAAUAUCUUAAGAGAGACUUGUUUCGCUUUUAUCAGUCUAUUCCCGUAGUCUAUUAGUUUGUUUCAGAUUUAAAAGAAAAAAAUGACCGAAUUAAGCGAGAUACAAUCUUUUUACAAAGGAAAAGUCGUUUUUGUAACCGGAGGGACCGGUUUGAUGGGAAAAGUCCUAAUCGAGAAGCUACUUUAUAGUUGUAGCGAUUUAAAUAAGAUUUAUAUUUUGAUACGGCCAAAAAGAGGUCGUACUCCCGAGAUGCGUGUCGACGAAAUGUUUAAAUUACUCAUGUUUCAAAGAAUACAAAAGCAAAAGCCUGAAACGAUGAAGAAAGUUAUACCUUUAAGCGGGGACGUGGGUAUGAAGAAUUUAGGAUUAACUAACGAGCAACUCGAAAUAUUAAUAAACGAAACUGACGUAGUAUUCCAUUUUGCCGCAACUCUUAAAUUAGAAUCUAAAUUGAAGGACGCUAUUGACAUGAAUACGGUUGGAACGAAAAGAGUUAUAGAAUUAGGUAAAAAGAUGAAAAAGCUGAAGGCAUUCGUGCAUCUGAGCACAGCCUUCUGCUACGCCGACAAAGAGGAACUCGACGAAAAAGUGUACGAAUCAUCCGCUGAUCCUCACGACGUUAUGAGGCUGGUUCAAUGGCUAGAUGAAAGUGCCAUCGAUCUUAUUACACCCAAGGUGUUGGGUCUUCAUCCGAAUACUUAUACGUAUUCAAAGAGAUUGGCCGAAAAACUGGUAGCAGACGAAUACCCGGAUUUACCUUGUAGCAUUGCCAGACCAUCAAUAGUAACUCCAGCUUUGGCAGAACCGUUACCUGGUUGGGUGGAUAACCUAAACGGACCUGUGGGCCUUAUGGUGGGUGCAGGAAAAGGUGUGAUAAGGUCGAUGCUCUGUAAUGGAAGCUAUCACGCCGAAGUAAUACCCGUCGACCUUGCUAUCAAUGCCUUAAUCGCAAUCGCAUAUAGAACAGCUACGACGACCAAAGAUACAAGUAUACAGGUAUACAAUAUGACGCAAAGUGGCAUAUUACCCAUUACGUGGGGAGAAGUAUUGGGUAAAGGCAAAAAGAUCGCGUAUGAAUAUCCUUUCGAGGGACAAAUUUGGUAUCCAACCGGUGACAUACAUAGCAGCAAAUUCGUACAUAAUCUGAUCGUCUUCUUGUUUCACAUUAUACCGGCUUAUUUCAUCGAUUUUCUUAUGUUGAUAUUUCGGCAAAAGAGAUUUAUGGUUCGUAUCCAAAGACGUAUUUCCGUUGGACUCGAAGUUUUACAAUACUUUACUAUGAGGGAAUGGACCUUCCAUAACUCAAACUUGCUAAUAAUGCGGCAAGAAAUGAGUCCCAAAGACAAGGAGAUUUUCCCAAUAGAUUUCUUGUCCAUCGAUCAUGCCGACUAUAUAAAAACUUGCGUUCUAGGUGCACGACAAUAUUGCAUGAAAGAGAAUUUGUCCACGUUGCCGAACGCUAGAAGACACCAAGCGAUAUUAUACGUCAUUCACAUAAUUGCUGUCUAUCUAUUUUACAUCGGAAUAUUAUAUCUUAUUUACAAGAAUUUCGAAAUAGCAAGAUCUGGUUUGGAUUCUGUCACGGAGCACGUGAAAUCUUUGUCAUUUUUGGGCGGAGUUAUGCGGAAGGUCCACCAGUAAUAGCAUAAUGUAUAUUAUGUUUUUGUAUACAAACGAUUUAACCUAUUCUUUUGUCUUAAAAGAGUUUUGUUUUAUAUUUUUGCUUGAAACCAGCGUGUAUUCUAUAACAAGACCCAACAAGCCCCAUUAAGAACUUUCUCUUAAGUUUCUUUACUAUGCAAUAGCGAACCACGCACGACUUUUCAUCGAAUCAGACUAUAUGAAGUUACAUUUGUGUAUGCGUGUUCUUCUUUUACGUCCGAGAUAAAUAGUAGUAAGUUAA